CUUCAUUUGCUGAACGGAAAAAGCGCGGAUUUACAAUACGAAAUAAAAAAAGGGAAGCGAAAUAUUAAAAGAAAAAAAAAGCGCAUUUUUGUGCAGCAUGAUUUCGGUAUAUUUAGUGCGAAGUAUUCCUGCGAAUUGCGGUGCUUCACGAUGGCGCAAGUUGGGCCCGUUCACUGGGCUGGACAGCUCAAUCAUGAGGCGUUCGGUGGCAUCAUGAGCUCAAUCAUACCGAGUAUGUUGGCCUUCAUCCACCUGUACUUCGACUACUUCCUCGAUUUCCUCUACGGCCUCUAUUACAACAGCAAGAAGAAAAUUGUUUCGGCUUCGAAGGAUCCGAUCCUCGAGUUGAGCGCCACGGAGAUGGCUCGGAAGAUACGUGAGGGAGAGCUGAAGUCGGAAGAGGUGGUGCUCGCACACAUCAAUAGGAUCAAAGAAGUCAACGGGCUCCUGAACGCCGUCAUCGACGAGCGCUUCGAUGCUGCGCUCGAAGAAGCGAGGAGGGUGGACGAGAACAUCGCCAAAGGAGUGUACGCCGGUCGGGAUUUCAAACAGAAGAUCUUCUUAGGUGUUCCAUUCACGACGAAGGGAACGACAGUUUGCAAAGGACUGGACGUGAGUUUCGGACUGGUUCCCAGGAAGGGCAUGAAGGGCACUGAAGAUGCGAAAGUCGUUGAGAACAUGAAGAACUCCGGCGCAAUUCUCUUAGCUUUAACGAAUGUACCGCAAUUGAGUAUUUGGUCGGAAGCGCAUAAUCCAGUCUUCGGCAUCACCAACAACCCGUACGAUACCACCAGAAACGUGGGAGGAUCUUCUGGAGGCGAAUGUUCCAUCAUCGCGGCUUGCGGAUCUGCGAUCGGAAUCGGUACGGAUAUCGGCGGUUCCAUUCGAAUCCCCGCAUACAUGUGCGGUCUCUUCGGACACAAGUGCAGUCCAACGGUGACUCCCACCAAAGGUUUGACGUUCCGCAAUGGAUCCGAGCAGGAUAGGACGAUGGUCGUGGCCGGGCCUAUCAGCAGGUACUGCGAGGAUCUCAUCCCCGGCCUGAAAGCGAUCCUUGGUGCUGACGCUUGCAGGAGUUUGCAGUUAGACAAGAAAGUCGAUAUUGCCAAGCUCAAAUACUAUUUCAUCGAAGAGAUGCCGAGCCUGCUGAUUUCGCCGGUUCGUUCGGACGUCAUGAAGUCGUUCAGAAGCGUGGUGGAGCAUUUCCGUAAGAUGACUGGAAAGGCCCAAGAGCUGGAGAUUGAAGAGCUCGCGUAUACAGCGAGACUGUACACGAAAGCUCUGGCCAACGAAGGGAACGACUUCUCCUACGACGUCACCAACAAGAAAUACAGGGCCGUCUGGUACAGGGAGCUCUUCAAGUACAUCUUCAGAUGCAGCAAUUUGUCCUUCUCCUCCGUCAUGGUUCUGAUCAACGCCCAAGUGUUACGUAAAGCCACCUCAGAAUGGUUCGAGGAGAACACCGAAAAAAUUAAGAGCGAGCUUCUGAGCAAACUUGGCAACGACGGUGUUCUCUUCUUCGUGAGUCAACCGACCACCGCCCAUUACCAUCACCUGAGUUACCUUCGUCCGUACAAUCUGCUCUACUUCAGCCUCUUCAAUCUGCUCAAGUUCCCCGUCACGCAGGUGCCUUUGGGCUUGUCCCACGACGGUUUACCUUUGGGCGUUCAAGUGGUUUCCGCGCCAUUCAACGAUCACCUCUGUCUGGCUGUGGCGCAGGAACUCGAAUCCGUCUUCGGUGGUUACGUUCCCCCUAAUUCUCAAGCCUAAAUUACCGCCUUUCUAUUUAUUUUGAACAUGUACAAUUUCAAUAUUUUGAUUUUUAUAUAUAUGUAUAUGCAUAGAUUUUAAUGUGUUUGGUGCGCGCGCUUUUCACGUCGCGCACUUUGUAUCUUGUCUUAAAUGUUUAAAUGAAAUAAUAAAUAUACUUCCCCACA